GUGGGAGGGGGGCAGGAGAGUCCACCUGUGCAAAACAGAAAGUACUUCGUGUUAGUGGGGGAAAUCUAAUUUGGGGUUUUUCCCUCCCCCAUUUCCCGAAGGCGGGAAAGAGGUGCCGAGAGAAAACAAAAAGGAGUAUGUAUAUCUAUAUCUAGAGAGAGAGAGAGAGAGAGAGAGAGAGAGAGAGAUAUGACGGGAGAGAGUUCGAGGAAAGACGUGCAUGGUUCGAGAGAAGCCAUCACAUAUUCAGAUGACCAUGUGAGUGAUUGGCGGAGUUUUGGCAGCAAUUGCCAUCCAUGGAGCCAGUCCAGGAAGAUAUCAAUAGGAGUCAUGGUAGACUACUCCGCUAAUACAAGACCCAAAAUGAGGAAGGAAGAUGACGUAGUGGUGCCCAAUGCAGAAAAGGUGCCUGCCAAGGUAAAUCCCAUCGGUGAUGGAAAUUGUGGAGGACCCAAGGAUGUCAUUCAAGGAAACCACACUGCGGGUCCAGAGCCCGAGUCUUCCCCAUGGGUCUCUACCAGAUCUUUACACGUGAAACAACACAAUGCAGAACUAACCAUGGACUUGCCAGCUGGUGAUGGUAGGUCUAAUAGUUUAAGUGGAGUAAAUGAAGCACCGAGAACAUUUUCUGUUCAGUGUUUUGGAAACCAGAUGUCGGUUUUACAGUCUGGUGAUGCUAAACAAAAAAACUGUGAUAGUGUCUCCUAUGGAAGUGGAGGCAAGAAUGGACCCAAAGAGAAGGAAGAAUUUUUGUUUGCAAAUGCACAGGAAAGGUAUGCACCAGAUAAAGAUGUGGUAGAAGAUGAAACAAACAGAACAGGAGACAGGAGGGAGGCUUUGAGAAAGAAGCUUUGGGAUAUACUUGGGACUGUUUCUUCACCAAACAAGCAAGUUUCUCAAGCUCUUGAGGUGGGUGUAAAUAAUUUAAACCCAGAACAGAACAUUGAUAAAAAUAGUAAACCAGUUGUGAAGCCUAGACAGAAUUCGGACACCAUAGAAGCAGAUUCUGAUAGCCCUGAUCAUACUACCAGGCGACCGGUGACUCGAUCUUUGACCAGGAAGAGAGCUCCAAGUAAAGUACAGACAAACAAAAUCAAGGAUGCGCCAUCCCGUACAAGGAAACUACCACAGCAGAACAUUCUCUCUUUUGAAGAAGGAUUGUCUGGAAGACUGGAUGCUGCUGUCAUUGGUCGUUCUCCAAAGUCCAACAGCAAGAAGAGAGAGAGAAAAGGUUCAAAAGCUGAGGCACAUAGUAUCUUCUUUUCUCCAAAGGCCAAUGCAGGAAACAUUCAGCAGCCCACCUUUAUGAGCAAAAAAACCAAAUGUGCUGAGAAGACAUCAUCAAUCGGAAAUAUGAUGGAACGGCUUCGCAGUUACCCUCCUGAGCACAACAGUGAGUUUGCUGACAUGGAGAGCAGAAUCCGGAAACAGGAUUCUCCUCAGUUACAAGCAAUGAAGAUGACAGACCAGCUGGGUAAUCCAAAUUAUUCAGUACUUCCACAACAUAGGGACCGGCAAGAAGACUUGGCUGAUUUGUCUUCAGAAAAUACUGUGGAUCCACAUGUUGAUCUCCAGAGCCCAACAUUUGAGUUUAGAACACUGAACAAAAGUGUUUCUCAUAGCUCCCCACCGGAAAGCAAUCAUGGAGAACGGGAUGAUCACACUCCUUCACACUGUAGCUUUAAUAGUUUGAUAGCCUCAAAACCAGAUUAUCAUAAAGCAGAUGCAGAGACAGAAUCUUCUGAUGAUGCAGAGGAACUUGGAAAUUCACCGCUGAUGAAAUCACAGCCCCAUAUGAAAGAGAAAGAUGCAGAAUACUGGCUGUCUGAAUCAUCUUUUGAAGAAAGGAACUCCAAGAGCUCUAAAGAAGGUUCACCCAUUAAUGAAGUUUGUCAAGACAUACGCUCAAGGUGGGGAACAGAAUCGCCAACUCCAGAAAUUUGUACAAGAGGGAAACCAAAGUUUGUGCUGUACCCAAGUAAAAGACUCCGGAGCCACGAAGACAUUAGAUUAAAUGGAGGCAGUCCCAUGUCAGCCUCUCCAAAAGGAACUGAGGAAAGUACUGGACUCCUUGGAACUUCAGGCGAGAAUCAAGAUGAUGGAUUGGCCAAUGCCAUCACUCUAAUUACUUUGGCUUUAGAACGAGUUAAAAGCAAAAUAAAAUCGUUGACUAGCAAGAAAUCUGCCGAAGUUCUGAUGUCUGUUGCUGAGGGAAUACAUUUGCAGCUUCAGAAUGCUGAAUCUCAUAUUCAAAGAGAUGUUGGGAAGCUAAAAAGCCUCAGCAGAUCAAAAAGAAAACGUCUAGAAACUGAAUUUGAAGAACAAAAAGAAAAACUGAAACUCAUAUAUCAAAAGUUCAAAGCAGAGGUUAAUCAGCAUAUGCAGGAAUGCAGGAGCACAGUUGAAGGGAUGGAAGCACAGGAGAUAGAGUUUAGAGGAUUAAUGGAGAAGCAAAAAACAUCACAGAGAAAGCUUCUCAAGCAAGUAGAAGAAACAAUUGAGACCCAACUUGAUGAUGGUGAAAGAAGAAUUACAGCUGUCCAGAAGUUGGCGAAGGAAAAGGUGCUUCAGUUGAGAUAUGUUGUAGCUGAGUGUUUGAAAGAGGGCGUUCUCAGUUGAAGCAAAUUUUUACUGGAAUCUAUCACGUAAGUCAGGUGCCUAGUAAAGAUUUUUAUCUGUUCUGCUGAGGACUUGGUUGAGGCAACAGAAAGGCCUUUUAAUGACCUCUUACUUUGGAAGUCGUCAUACUUGAACUCUUCCUCACAUUCUCGGUUAUGGUCUUUUUGCUGUUUUGGCUGCCUAGCAACAAGAUAUGUAACGGAUACGUAUGGUCCAUGAGUUGAAGAGACAGAGCAUCAUACAUUGGUAGGAAACUACGUUAUUGAGAACUUAUUGAAAGUAUUAGGGCAACCAAGCAAAUGCAAUACCAGAUUUGGAUUCUCACAAUCUAUAACUUGAAUGGAUGCGUGGUUGCAAA